GAGACCCCGGUUUGGUUUCGGGGAUCAGGGCUACAUAGGGCCGAUGGCCACAGGCAGCCCCAGCACAGGGAGGGUUAAGCAUCCUCCGGGUUCCCACCCUGCUCUGGGCCCCUCCCUUGUGUUUACGUCCUCCCAAAAAUAUUCUGCCUCCAGCUGGCCUCCUUCUGUGUCCUGCCCCUCCCCCUUGAGUUAGCCUUGGGGGCCCGAGGGGGUGCCAGGGCCAGGGCUCCCAGGACUAGGAGGGAGCCAGCAGGCUCGGGCGUGCUGGGGCAGAAGCGGACCCGGAGAGGCUGAGCUGCAGGGCCCGGGCUGGUGGCUCCUCUGGCUGAACACACUCUCUGCAAGGCCAGGGUGACAGAGGUGAAGCCAUGUGGCAGCUGCUGAUCCCCGUGGCCCUGUGGCUGGGCAUGGUGGGCCUGGGCAGAGCGGAGCUCACGGCAGCCCAGCAGCGGGGCCUGCAGGUGGCCCUGGAAGAAUUCCACAAGCACCCGCCUGUUCAGUGGGCUUUCAAGGAGAUUGGCGUGGACAGUGCCACGGACACGCUCUUCCCUGCAGGGACCUUUGUGAGGCUGGAAUUUAAGCUCCAGCAGACGAGCUGCCGGAAGAAAGACUGGAAAAAAGCUGAGUGCAAAGUCAAGCCCAAUGGGAGGAAGCGGAAAUGCCUGGCCUGCAUCAAGCUGAACUCUGCAGACAAAGUCCUAGGCCGGAUGGUCCACUGCCCCAUACUCACACAGGUCCAACGGGAGCCUGAGGAACAGCACGAGGGGCAGUGCGGCAGGGUGGAGCGUGCAGGAGAGGACCCCCACAGCUACUACUUCCCGGGACAAUUUGCCUUCUUCAAGGCCCUGCCCCCCAGCUGAGGCCUGCCGAAUUUUGUCCCGCUCCCCGGACAGCAGGAGGGAACCAGUGAAAGACCCACCUCCCAUCCCUGCGCCCAGGGAGGACGAUCCCAUUAUCCCUGAGCUAAUAAAACCGCUCUCCCAGA